AGCAAAGAAAAAAAAAAAAAAAAAAUCUUUAAAUUAAAAAAAAUUUCUCCAUGGAAAACCAUUGAUUUAAUCACCAGAAACAAACAUGAAUAAAGGAAAAAUCACCUUCGGCAAGAUCCAAUUGAAAUCUGUUACCAGUGCUGCGCCAGAGCCUACAUCUAGCACGGAGAGCACCUCAGGUUUCGGAUCCUUUGGCCGACGAGAUGAAGCCGAAUCUGGUCCCUCGAAAGUUGGAUCGGAUGCGGUCGAUAAAAUAGCAACCGACUUGGAAAACAGCCGGAUGCAGGAACUGAUGGGUAUCAGUGGUUUUGGUCGGAAGGCCAGGCAAUUUGAUAUCGAGGAGAUGGUACAAAAGGCACGAAAAAACGCUCCACCCGUUGAGGUGGAUGCGAAUGUUGUUGAAAAGAAGGAUUCUGAUAGCGAAGAUUCUUUGGAAGAUGAUACUAUUGGACCUCUCCCUUCAAUGAUGUCCGGUGGCAGUGAGGGAGGAACGGAUGGAAGGGCUAAGAAGGAUGGCGAUGAGGACAGCGACGACGAUAGCGAUGAUGAUUUUGACGAGGAUCUUCCUAUUAAUAAAAUUCCAAAUUCCCAUGAGGUGGAGAUGCGACAUGGGUCCAAGGCAGUCAUAGCAUUAACGGCUGACCCUUCCGGGACGAGAUUGGCUUCCGGUUCGGUGGAUUAUAAUUUGAAUUUCUGGGAUUUUUCCGGUAUGGACAAAUCAAUGAAAAGUUUCCGUAGCUUGCAACCGUGUGAGAACCACCCGAUCAGAGAUUUGCACUAUUCUGCUACCGGUGAUAUGAUUCUGGUAAUUUCUGGCAGCUCGCAGGCGAAGGUUCUCGAUCGUGAUGGUUUCGAAAAGCUUGAAUGCGUCAAGGGAGAUCAGUACAUUACAGAUAUGACGAAGACAAAGGGUCAUGUGGCAGGUUUGACUGGUGGCUGUUGGAAUUUCGUUAAGAAAGAUGAAUUUCUCACCAGUGCAAUGGAUUCCACUCUCAGAACUUGGUCGUUUCCGAAAUCGAAAGAGCAGAAAAAUGUCAUCAAGACGCGAGCUCAAGGAGGUUUAAAAACAAUUCCCACGACUUGCACCUACAAUCGGGAUGCUACCUUGAUUGCAGCCGGAUGUAGUGAUGGAUCGAUACAGACGUGGGACACCAGAAAAAUGUUUGUAAAUACUACACACUGUGUGCGUGACGCUCAUGCAAAGGGAAGUGACAUUUCAUCAGUUUUGUUUUCCUAUGCAGGACAGAUUUUAGCAACUCGAGCAACUGAUGAAACUUUGAAGCUAUGGGACCUCAGAGCGUUUAAGAAACCCCUCCAUGUGUUUGAUAAUCUGUUCUCCCGCUACGAUACAACAGAUUGCUGUUUCAGUCCUGACGAUACGAUGGUUCUUACCGGAGAAUCCCUCCCUAAGGGGAAAAAGCAAGCUAAUUUGUGCUUCUUCGAUACGAAAACAUUUGAAACUGUAACGGCCAUUCCAAUAACCGAUUCUCAUAUAAUUCGCUGCCACUGGCAUCCUAAGUUGAAUCAGGUGUUCAUCGGGUGUGGCAAUGGAAUAAUCCGUGGCCUGUACGAUGAAAAGCGCAGUAUGAGAGGAGCCAAACUGUGCGUCGUUCGAACCCAUCGCAAAAAGAAAGAAAUGGAAGUGGUUGGAGUUACCCAGGUCAUUACUCCCCACGCCCUGCCGAUGUUCCGGCAAGAGAAAUCACGUUCUCAUCGCAAAAAGCAGGAGAAAGAUCGAAUGGAUCCGGUCAAGUCACAGCGACCGGAUCUUCCAAUUACCAGCGGUCAGGGUGGACGUGUGGCAAGUUCCGGUGGGACGCUUUCCUCGUAUGUUAUACGAAAUUUGGGUCUUAGCAAACGUGUUGAAGACGAUCAGGACCCUCGUGAAGCUAUUCUGAAGUACGCCAAGGAAGCGGCUGAAAAUCCUUACUGGAUUUCGCCUGCUUACACCAAAACGCAACCCAAGCCGAUUUUCAACAGUGAAGAUGAACCCGAUAGUAAGAAACCGAAAACCGAAUAAGUUGUUACAUUGACAAAGUAGAAGACAUCGCGUUUUUCAUUUCAAUAUUUCGAAGAAUGCUAUAUACAAAAAUCGAAAUAUUAAUGUUCA